GUUUCGCUCCGGGCGGUUGAAGGAGACUCGGGGACACCGGGGCUGCAGUCCUCUUGGGUCCCCGUUCUGCCGCUGCCCGCGCUUCAUGAGGAAGAUGCUCGCCGCCGUCUCCCGGGUGCUGUUGGGCGCCGCCCAGAAGCCGGUUGCUGCUGGUGAGGCUAGCAGAGUGCUGGUGGCAUCACGUAACUUCGCCAAUGAUGCUACAUUUGAAAUUAAGAAAUGCGAUCUUCACCGGCUGGAAGAAGGGCCGCCCGAGACCACCGUGCUCACCCGGGAGGACGGGCUCCGCUACUACAGAAUGAUGCAGACAGUGCGCCGCAUGGAGCUGAAGGCCGACCAGCUCUACAAGCAGAAGAUCAUCCGGGGCUUCUGCCACCUGUGCGAUGGGCAGGAAGCGUGCUGUGUGGGGCUCGAGGCUGGUAUUAAUCCCACGGAUCAUCUUAUCACUGCCUACCGGGCUCAUGGCUUCACCUUUACCCGGGGGCUCACCGUCCGAGAGAUUCUGGCAGAGCUAACAGGACGGAGAGGAGGUUGUGCAAAGGGCAAAGGCGGCUCAAUGCACAUGUACGCCAAGAACUUUUAUGGGGGCAAUGGCAUCGUCGGCGCCCAGGUGCCCCUGGGAGCUGGAAUCGCUCUGGCCUGCAAAUACAACGGCAAAGAUGAGGUCUGCCUGACUCUCUACGGGGAUGGUGCUGCUAACCAGGGUCAGAUAUUUGAAGCUUAUAAUAUGGCGGCUUUGUGGAAAUUACCCUGUAUUUUCAUCUGUGAAAAUAACCGCUAUGGAAUGGGAACGUCUGUGGAGAGAGCCGCUGCCAGCACAGACUACUACAAGCGAGGCGACUUCAUCCCGGGGCUCCGGGUAGAUGGGAUGGAUAUCCUGUGCGUCCGGGAAGCUACAAAGUUUGCAGCUGCUCACUGCAGGGCUGGAAAGGGGCCCAUACUGAUGGAGCUGCAGACCUACCGCUACCAUGGCCACAGCAUGAGCGAUCCUGGAGUCAGUUAUCGUACCCGAGAAGAAAUUCAGGAAGUCAGAAGCAAGAGUGACCCUAUCAUGCUUCUCACGGACAGGAUGGUGAACAAUGACCUUGCCAGCGUUGAAGAACUGAAGGAGAUCGAUGUGGAAGUGAGAAAGGAAAUUGAGGACGCAGCCCAGUUUGCUACAGCAGAUCCGGAGCCACCACUGGAAGAACUAGGGUACCACAUCUAUUCCAGCGACCCACCCUUUGAAGUUCGUGGUGCAAAUCAGUGGAUCAAGUUCAAAUCCAUCAGUUAAAGGCAGCACGUAAAUCUGACUAAACCCUUCCCUGGGAAUAGUUACUUAACUUUAAGCCACAAUUUAUGUUUUGAGGAGGGGGAAAAAACUUUCAUUAAGAUCAUACUAUUAGAUACAUUAAAGGGAUAUUGUAAUUAAUACAUUCUUGUAAACCUUUAGAUUUGUAGGUCUGCAAUAGGAACCCAGGUGCAAAUGAAAUAUCAGCCAUUCAAACCCACCACUCCCUUUCCGACAGAUUGCUAUCAUUGAAACCCUUUGGGGUCCCCCAAGACCACAGUGAGAAGGUUAGUUGAAUUAUGGGGGAGGGGGGGUUUGUAUUGAUCUGUUGUUUUUUCUUCAAAUGUUAGAUCAUUUUGAAAUGUUAAUGUGUAUUCUAAAACAGAUUCACUAGCUUUGUUACUUUUCCAUUAUACCUAAUGAGGACUGACCUGGCUAUGAUCCCGCCUGCAGCUGGGGCUGGGAGGCAGCCUGGGCUCUGGUGUGGCAGACUGCAGUCCAGAUCCGGCAGAGCAGCCCGCCACUAAAAAAACAGGACAGACACGUCUUGUUAGAAACCCUUCGUCUGAACAAAAAGAUGAUCGGAGCUCUGCACAGGCAGAAGAGACACUUGCUGCCUCAUCAGAAAGAACCAAGGAUUUGAAUCUAGUCCCCUGGCAGCUUGUUCCUUUUGGCUCCCUUCAAGUCCACCGGGUAAGAGGUGCUGCUUACUGACAAAGCUGGAGGAAAGACCCCAGCGCUGUUUUCAAACCCCCUCCUACCCGGUGUUAUUCUUUAAAAGCAAACCCAGAAGUAAACCGGUUGGGGGUGCUUUGUACCGGAGUUUCAGGCAUCUUAGAUCGUCCUUAGUGAUAUCAUUCAGAAUAUCGGAGAGUGUAUAGCCCUCUUCAGCAAACUGGAAAAAAAUAAAAUAAAACUCAAAUAUACAAGCGCUAAGCAGCUUUUUAAGCAUAUGAGUGGCUGAGCUGUAAGAUGACCGUUAUACCUUUUUAAUCGUCUCACCAUCCGCUCCUUGCAGUUUUAACCACUCCACCAGUUCUUGAUCGGUUUUCUGCCUUGCAAACCCAAUAUGGCAUAUUGGGUUCUCGGCAAGCCCUGUAAUGAUUAAAGAUGUGUUGUACGAUUCUUAGCUGACAGUGCAACUUGUAAUAAACUCCUCCAGAACCUAA